AUGGAUACUAAGAUAGAGGUAUUAUCUUUAUGCGUCGCCGUCCAUCGCAUAAAUCAUCUGCGUCGUUCGUUCGCCCGCCAUCUCUUGACUCCUCUCGUUUGGCCCCCUUCUCCCGACCUCCCUCGCUACUCUCUCCCGUCGCGGCGCAUCCGCCGGCUGCGGUGCCUCUCGGCCGAGGAACGGCAGUGGGAGACGGAGACGGAGGCGCUCAUCGUGCUAUCUCUCGGGUUCCCCAUCGACGAGCUUCGGCCAGAGGAGCGGCCCCUCCUCCCGGCCCCCAUCGCCGACGCGCCCAACGACUACAUUGUCGUCCGCAAUCACAUCCUCGCCUCCUGGCGCGCCGACCCGAGCGCGCCGCUCCCCCGCGUGCGCGUGCUCGAACCGUGGCCGCCACCUACGACCACCUCGUCGUCGCGGCCCACGGGCUCCUCGUCCGCGAGGGCCACAUCAACUUCGGCGUGUCCGCCGCCUUCCCCACCCGCCCCGCCCCUGGACACCCCGCCUCAGGGCGCUGCAACAGCCUUCGUCUUCGUCGGCGGCACGGGUCUCGCCGGGAUCCCUGCCGCGCGCCAGCUCCUCCGCUUCGGCCUCCGCGUGCCUGUCUUCGAGGGUCGUUCGCACCCCGGCGGCCGCGUCUACACAUCCCGCCUCGGCGAGGACAAGGCCGUCGUCGAGCUCGGCGACAGCGUCAUCACCGGCAUCCACGCCAACCCGCUGGGUAUGCUCGCGCGGCAACUUAGCAUCCCACUGCACAAGCGUGGUGUUUUGUUGUGCCCUUGGGCAUGUCUUAUCAUGGCAAUUGGAUUAUCUGCACUAAUUCUAGGCUUAUGGCCCAUGCAUCUGAUUUGGACAUACUACUGCAUUAUCAGAACUAAGCUGGUGGGACCUGUAGUAAAGCUUCUGCUUCUUAUUGUUGCUACUGCAAUCUUGAUCCUAUGGUUGAUAGUUGGCAUCCCAGGAAGCGUCCUUUCUGGAUUAGUAUAUGGUUUUCUAGCGCCCAUAAUGGCCACAUUCAGUGCAAUUGGAGAAAGCAAAGAAAAGCUGUUUGUUCAUUGUUUUGUGGAUAGAACAUGGAGUAGUAUCACUGGAAGUUGUACUGUAGUCUGGGAUGUGAAAGACUUGCUUUUCCACUCCUAUUUUUCAAUUAUGGAUGACAUUCGUCUUCAGAAACCUCCUGAUGGGAAGCCGUAUGAGAUAAGGAAGAUAUAUACACUACCUCACCUGUCAGAGAAGUCAAGACGAAAGAGGAUAAGGCUUGAGGAUCUAGGAUGCUGGUUCUAAUAAUGAUAGAUGAGUAAUACAAAUAUAAAGACUUGCUUAUAUGGAGUGUAUUUUGGUCAUAUAUUAUUACAUCAAAAUUGAAGGAAGAAAAGAUUGUACUAAAAACACGGAUGCUUAGCCAAGACUACUUUCAUGCUAUUGUAAUAAUAGAGUACAUGUUCGAAAUAUGGAUGUCGUAGCAACACACGGGCACCUUACUAU